AUGUCGAAAUCUGGAAAAAAAACACCAUCAACAAUUCUAGUCCAGGAUAAUGAUUUCAUGGCAGAAAUGGCAAUUCAGAGGAAUGCACAAGACUUCUUUGAUAAAUUUGACCGAAGUGAAAUACAAGAGCUUCUUGCCAAUACCACUAAUAGCUGGCUUGUAUCUAUGGAUGAUGUCCACCUGCCUCUUCAGCUCCCUGGAGGUUUGAUUACCCAGAUAAACAAUCUAACCCAAGAAAAUGUUCUUCUACUGGCUCCUCUAGAACCUGAUGUCAAGUUAGACUGUCGUGAGGUUCACCAGAUAAUAAGAGAGCUGACUAUAGGAAUAUAUUGCUUUAAUCAGAUUCCAUCCAUUAGUUUAGAUGCCAAUUAUGACCGCAGUACAUCAUGCCAACUCCCUCCAGCCUAUUAUGAUACCAGAGUGGGGCAGAUACUAAUCAGUGUGGAUUAUAUGAUUAAAGCUCUGUGGCAUGGAUCCUACAUGGCAAAGGACAAAAGAACCAGAUUCAGUGAAUUGUGGAGGUCCAUCAUGGAUGUUGAUUCAAAUGGACAUCCUCAAACAAAGAAAGAUUUAUUUACAGAGUUCUCUUCAUCAGGUUUGAAAUAUUUAUACUGUGGUCAUUUGUGUAUUCAAAAUUUCUCUCCAGUACACUUUACUAAUGUUGUGUAUGGUAAUGUGUUGGUAACCAUAGUUAAUUUAAAUAUAAACUAGGAAAGUCAUUCUUAAUUAUUGGUUAGUGCUGCUGGUCUAUUCAUAAGAGUAAAUAGAAGAUAUGUGACCAAUCAGAACAAUGUUACAGAUUUUGCGAUUUACAGAACGGUAGGACUUUGCAAUUUUAAUUUGUUUAAUAUUCAUUUACUAUACAUAGUUAUAAUGUUUAUAAUUUAAGUAGAGGUAGUUAAUAAAGAAGUCCAAUAAAAAAAAAAAAACAUUUGCAAUAGGAGAAUGGCACUAAUAAAUACAAAAUAAUUGAACUAAACUGAAAUAUGGGGAAGGGGGAGACAGAGAAAGUAAAUAAAUAAGCAGCAGGACACACCUAGUGUGUGCCCAGAUACUUUCUUAAUAGCCCAACAGGAGUGCUGUCAGACCUACUGUACUCAAUUCAAAUUUAUGUCCUCAUUUUAUUUUUUUUAUUUUUCAUAUCUCGUGUGGCCUUUUCAAGCUUCUAAUAUCAUUAAAAGCUAUAUGUUGGGGUGGUGGUUCGUUAAAUAUUUCCAGUUUUUUGUAUGUGACAGACUACAAUGAAAUUACAAGGUACACUCUUUAUAUGUGAGAUCAAAGGAUCCUGCCAUAAGUUAAUACAUCUAGUUAUGCAAUGAAUAAAUAAUAUAUCAUAGAUAUAAAUAAUAUACAAUUAUUGCUUAAGGAAAUAUUAAAUAUCUCCUCUACAGCACAUUUUGGUUUUGUGGUUGUUAUACUGAUGCCUUCAUUAGAUGCGUUACCAGCACACUGGGAUUAAGUGUGACAUCUGUUACUCUUUAUAUUUUCCUCUAGAAAAGAGUGAGACCCGGUCAUGA